AUGUCGCUCGUGCCGUACGCAGGCGGAGCGGGCAGCUCGCUGCCGCAGCCGGUGGCGAUGCUCACCGGAGAGAACAACCUCGACGCGGACGGGCUGUGGGUGGCAGUGGUCGUGCCGGAGGAAGCGGCGGCGGCGGUGAUCGCGAAGAAGGACAAGCCGGCGCAGGCGUAUCUGCUCGGGGCGUUGGCAGAGGACCUGCUGCUGCAGGUGGCGUCCAAGAAGACAGCGGCGGAGGUCUGGGCCAGCCUGAAAGCUCAGUUCAUUGGCGCGGAUCGAGUUCUGGCGGCGCGGCUGGGCACGCUCCGCGGUGAAUUUGAGCUGUUGCGCAUGGCGGACGGCGACACGCUGGAUGGGUUCGCUGGCACUAGAUCUCAGUCCCUUCCUCCCCGGCCCCCGCCUUAUCCUCGGCCGCGAUUGCGUUGGCAUCGUCGUUCUUCCCGGGCCAUUCAAACUCUCCCCCGCAGUCGCAAUGCCGAUGCAGUUCCUCUCGCUGCCCAGCGCCCCCGCCGCCUCCCCCGCGCCGCACCUCCUCCCUCCCAAGCUCUUCUUCCUCAAGCCCCUCUCCUCCGCCGCCGCCUCCUUCCGCCGCCCCUCCCAGCCCCCGCCACCGGCCCCAAACCCUCCCCUCCGCCCCCACCGCCCCCGCCUACUCCCCCUCUCCCCAACCCGCUCUCCUCCAAGCUAUGGCUCUCCAGCAAGCUCUCCCCGCCCCCGCCUCCCCCUCCCCCACCCCGAACGCGGCAACACCACCCUCCCCCGCCUCCGCCAGUGGAGCCGGAGGAAGAGGAGGAUGUGGAGGAUGCGGAGGGGGAUUUCCGGCAGAAGGGGAAGGUGUUCGUCGGGAACCUGCCGCUGCGGGCGAGGAAGGCGGAGGUGGCCGACUUCUUCCGCCAGUUCGGGCCGCUCGACAAGGUGGAGUUCGUGCGCACCCACGACGACCCCGAGCGCAACGCCGGCUUCUGCUUCCUCUACUACGCGGACGCGGACGCGGACGCCGAGGGCCAGGGCGCCGAGGCCGCCGCGGAGCGCGCGGCGGAGGUCGACGGGGUGGACUUCCGGGGCAGGUCGCUCACGGUGCGGCUCGACGACGGGAGGAAGGGGCGGGCCAGGGCGGAGGACCGGGCGCGCUGGGUGGACCACGGCCGAGGGAAGGAGGCGCCGUCGCCCUGGCACCACGGCAGGGACGAGGCCUGCCGCGAGUUCCGCAGGGUGGUGGAGUCGCGGCCUGAGGACUGGCAGGCCGUCGUCUCCGCCUUCGAGAGGAUCCCCAAGCCAUCAAGGAGAGAAUUUGGUCUGAUGAUUGUGUAUUAUGCCAAGCGGGGAGAUAAGCAUCAUGCCCGUGCAACCUUUGAGAACAUGAGAGCAAGGGGAAUAGAUCCCAAUGCCUUUGUCUUCACAAGAUUGAAAGGUGACUGAGGAAAUAUUACUAGUGAACCGACCCAGAAACAGAAUAGGCUGCCACCUUAGUGCCAGUUUGCCAAUGUGAAAUAAAGAUUUUUAUCGAUGCAGAUAGUGAGAUACAAAGGCAGGUGGUUCUCAAUGUCACAUCUAGAAAAAAAUGCUUUACAUAGAUAGUGUGCUCCAGUCAUAAUUCUUUUUAAACAUAAAAAUAAAAAUCCUUCAAUAGUGUGUUGUAGUCACAUCUACCAUUCUUAAGAAGUUGCUCCCCACUACUCCUUAUUCUCUCACCAUGCACACUGUCCACAUCAGCAAUGUGCCACGUCAUAUUCAGUUUUCAAAAGCAGCCAAUCAGUCUUAUUUCCCUGCUGUCACGGCGGUGGAAAAAAAAAUCUGUUUCCCCCCUCACCUGCAGCCGCUCAUCCGGCAUUGCGCUGGCUCCACCUUCCUCAACUCACCUUCCAAGAACGGUGGCACCAACUCAGCCGCCCAUUCCCCUUCCCCUUCCACUUCCGCUUUUAAUUCCCAACCAGUCCGGCCUCCCCCGCUCCAUCUUCUUGGUUCACAAAUCUGCCAUUGGUACAAGACGCCGGCUCCAAGGUCGCCAUCCAUGCCAAAUCGGUGCCUGCUAGCACUACGCCCAGCAGCCACUGCUCAGCUCCUUCCGCCUGCUGCCGCUCGACGGAUCCGAGGGGGAUGAGAAGGAUAAGGAGUGUGCCGGCUAUGAGGGAUAGAGAAGCAGGGGAUCAUGGCGGAGUGUGGCAGCGGUAAUGAAAGCUAGAUGGGACAAAUCUCUAAUGUAUCAGGGCCUCAAAAGCGUUGGAGUUUCUCAUACAGCGGGUGCAUGUUCUGGAAACAAUCUUAACGAGUCUCAGCCCAUGAAGUGGCAUGGUUGCGAAGAAUGGCAGGACUGAAUGGUCGAUGGCCAUCAUACGAUCUGCCUUGUUCACGCUUAUGCAGUUGCUAGAGAUAUGCGUGGAGCGCUGUCAUGUGUUGAAGAAAUGAAAGCUGAGGGCAUUGGGCUGACAAUUGUUACUUACAGUAUCCUUAUUUCAGGAUUCGGCAAAAUCAAUGAUGCUCAAUCUGCAGACAACUUGUUCAAAGAGGCUAAGACCAACCUGGCGGAUCUCAAUGGGAUCAUAUAUAGCAACAUCAUACAUGCCCACUGGUUAGUGUUACCAGAUUCAUCAGGCCCUUCAAAAUUCAAAUGGAGAUAACUAUUACAUGGGAAAUGAUUAUGAUACUAAUAUGUUACCUAUUUGGCGAUGUAGUAAUAUCAGCUUGUAGCUCAUAUAGUAUCGAUCUAGCACUCAAGUGUAUGUACUUUCUGCAGCCAGUCUGGCAAUAUAGUAUCGAUCUAGCACUCAAGUAGAUGAUUUGAUGAUUGUUUCUCCUAGUUUAUUAUGCAUGCUAUUGUUUAUUGAGGUGGACAAAUGUUAAGUGUAGUCAGUUAUGUAAUUGGAUGUUUAAUUUGGUUAUGCAAUCAUGUUGUUAUAAGUAUA